UGAUUUGCCUGUUCGCUCGCUCUGCUCCCCCCAAGUUCACAGCGCAGCGACUGAUCCUUGCCGCUAUGCCUUAUUGCCCACUACGCCGUUUUCAGCAUGCCGCUUGCCCGCUUGGGAAUAUACGGUCGACAUGGCGUGCAUGCAGUAACACGCGGGUCUGCCAAGUGCCGUCCCUGGAUUUCUCUCUCUUUCUUUGUUUCUUCCCGAGAAUGUGUGGAGUGGAGGCUCAUCCACUAUGAUGCAAGCCGCCUCUCGUUAGUGCCCUGCAUAGUUGGUACCACCAACUGCAUACAUGCUCGUUCUCCAUCCGGCUCCAUUUUUUACCCUGCUUGCCCGCCUGUAGAAUCUCUAGCAGGACGUCACUCAGGCUGUACCGCGGCAGGAAUGAGGGUCUGAUUCUCAAUAUUGAUCAAUACUCACGGAUUGGAGGGCCAGGAGCGCGCUAUCCCGUUUGCGGCUUCUCCAAACAGCAAGUUAUUAAUAUCUCGGCCCUGUCCCACGAUAUUCCCACGUGUUGUCCCUAUUUGCGCCCUCUCUUGUACCACCUUGACAUGAUUCAUCCAAUCUUCCCUUUGGUGACCCUGAGAACGAGCACUAUCAUGAAAAUAUUAGUAUAUACAUAAUCAUCAAACACGGAAUUGGUCUGCCACGGCACCUCGGCUCUCUUCCGCUGACUCAUCUUCCACCUCGGCUAAUUCCCGAUCCAAUCACCUGCUCUUUUUGCGCAUCAUCAAUCGACAGCAUCCAUUCAUCACAACUCUCCCUUCACCCAAGUGACCCACUCCUUCUCCUUCCACAUUUGUGCUGUAAAUUCACGCAUCAUUCGCAUUUCCCUGACGCGUUCCUUCACGCCAUUGUCGCGUGCUAUACACGAGUGAAGAUUCAUUCUCAUACUCUUCGCUUUCCAUACACGUACUAUCGUCGUAUCUUCAAUUCCUCUUACUCGUCUUCCCUAUCAUGUCAUAUACGACAAUCAAAGCUUUGCUAACCCGACAGCCAUGGCCAUUUCACGCUGCGCAUUUACCUUGCCUAUCCGUAUAAUCACCUAGCCCUGCUUCUCACUAAGCUUCGGUCUGCCAAUACAGAAGAACCACCAAUCCAAUAUCCUUUCUUACACCGAGCAAGAUAGAGAGUGAACUCCAGCGAAAAGUGCCCAGCCUCAUGACCUCACAACCUCCAGUUUCCAACAUCACCAGUCCGCUCUCACCUCCACCACCCGGUUUCCCUCUCCAUUUACCCACAGACCCAAACCAAUCCUCUUUUAUUCACGACCGCAGAGCCCAAGCAAUCCACACCCCAAGCAUACCCAUCUUCAUCAAAUGGCGCUGCUGCCAGCCAUCCUGUAACUCGGCGGCCCUCAACCCAAUGACCAACACCACCCACACCAUAGAACACUUUGUUUGCGUCGUAGAUCCCACCCGCCUAAGAUACCACUGGCACCCUGGCUACUGGCACGACGUAUGCUUGCGGUGUGGGCAUCGCGCAUGCAGCGACUGCGCAUUUCUUCAAGUCCAGGGAACUUGCGCCUGGUGGCGCGAUAAGGAGGAAGACGGGAGGGCUAUGUGGGCGCGGAUUGGUGUUUGGGAUGGUCCUGGAGACGUCGAGAGAAUGACGGAGAUCUAG